UUAGGUUGUUUGUCAUGUUCAAGUACCAAUACUACUACUCUCUUACUUCUUCUCCAAAGAGUUACUAACUUUUUUUUUUUUUCCAAAGAUUUUGGCAUGGCUGAUGCAUUGACAGAAGAACAAAUUUCUGAGUUUCGUGAAGCCUUCUGGGUAAUCGACAAGGAUUGUGAUGGGGUGAUAAGAAUGGAGGAACUUGCAGCAGUAAUCCAAUCUUUACAUGAACAUCCAACAAAAGAAGAAAUACAAGAAAUGAUAAACGAAGUGGAUCCUGAUGGUGAUGGCUCUAUUGAUUUUGAAGAUUUCUUGAAUAUCAUGGCUAGAAAGCUCAAGGACAACGUAACAGAGGAGCUAAAAGAAGCAUUCAAAGUAUUUGAUCGAGAUCAAGAUGGAUUUAUUUCUGCUAAUGAGUUGAGAAAUGUGAUGAUGAAUUUGGGGGAAAGAUUGACAGAUGAAGAAGCCCAACAGAUGAUCAGAGAAGCAGAUCUUGAUGGAGAUGGUCUCGUUAGCUAUGAUGAAUUUGUUAAAAUCAUGAUUAUUUAAUCUUCUUUUUGUAUAAUUCUUCUCUUAUAAUAUACAUAUACUCACUAAUAGAUUUCUC